AUGGAAAACGGCUUAGUCGCUUCUUCAAUGGCCCGCUCACAUCAAGAAUCCAUUUUCGACAGAGCAUGGGCUUACAUGACUCUUAACCCGCAUGGGAACGAUAUCGAGAAUCUUCUUGAAGGAAUAGAAAUCCAGCUUGCGUUGACUCCAGGGUUUCUCACCAAAGACAGCAUCAUAAAACGGAAAGUGCAAACUCUAUCUCCUGAAUUGACUCAGGCUUGCACCAAAGACCACUUUUUGAACAUUCUACUUCUUGUGCUUUCAGAAAUCAAAGUGGUGGAUUUGGAGCAAAAGACAGUCUACGGGAACUUCGCCGACAAUAACCUGGUCUAUCAGGAUAAUGAAAACAAACUACUAUAUAAAAGCACAAUCGAAGAUGGGCAUGUUACGUUGCUAGAGUCUCCAUACUUGGAAGACCCUUUAUCUACAACAAGAGAUUACGAAUCUGAUGUGGAUGAGGCAUCAUCGCUUAUGGAAAACGGUUACUGCUUUGAAAAUGCGUCCAGCGUCUGGUCUUUGGAAGAUGGGACUUUCAAUCUUCAGCAUGUGCUAGAAGAGCUCAACUUUCAUCACUUGUCGAUACAUCUGAACUUCAGACUCAUUGAAGCCAAGUUGAAUAAACUCGAAGGGCAAAACCACCAUGACACUGUUAUUCUAAGAAAGCUCACCACAAAUAAUGAGUCUCUCAGAGACAGAAUGCAUGACAUGAAAAGGGAAAUCCACGAUCUCUUUUUAUCGUUGGAAGAAUUAAAGUCUUGCGGGCAAGACGACAACUUGCAUCAAAUUCAGAAUUUAUCCGAAAAUAUCGAUACUCUGCUAAUGGAAUACGGUUUGAAUGUGCAUACAAACGGAACACAGGAAACAGAAGCAGGAACAGAGGAAAUGACAGGCUACAUGACGGAAAAAGGAAUGGGAAAAAAAUCACAGAAACAAACUAUUGGAUCGACAUUCGAAAACGGAGAAAUGGGAAUAAAAAAAGAUCAGACAGGUACUACAGUAAAUCCUCUAGUGUAUCUUGUCAUUUUCCUUGCAAUUGCCAUAAUAUUCACGCACAAACAAUUGCAAAAUUCGUCAUAUUACCAAUAA